AUGGAGCGGAGCUCGUAUGGGUGGAUGGUGCAGGAAGAGGAUGGGAGGGAGGAGGAAAGCGUGGAGAAGGAUGCGGAGGAGGAGGAGGAGGAGGAGGAGGAGGAGGAGGAGGAGGAGGAGGAGGAGGAGGAGGAGGAGGAGGAGGAGGAGGAGGAGGAGGAGGAGGAGGAGGAGCAGGAGGCUAGACAGGAGAGAGUGGAAGGUUCGGGUCUCCAGAGGGUGAGGGAGGUGAGGGAGGAGCAGCGGGCAAUGGGGAGGAAGUCCGAGGGAACGUAG